CGAUACGAAUCGCACGGUGGCUAGCGACGGUCACGGCGAGCCGGCCGUCGACUGUCGACAGUUGAAAUGAUGAUGGCCGCCGAGGUGAGGUGGCUCCUGGGUUUUCUCAUCUCGUGCGUGGUGGUCUCGUGCCGCGGCGAGAUUCACAGAAAAUUCGAGUACAAAUACUCGUUCAAGCCGCCGUACCUCGCGCAAAAGGAUGGCAGCGUACCGUUCUGGGAAUACGGUGGAAAUACUAUUGCUAGUACAGAAAAUGUUAGAAUAGCUCCUUCACUUAGAAGUCAAAAAGGUGCAAUAUGGGUAAGACAGCCAACAACUUUUGACUGGUGGGAAGUGGAAUUAGCAUUUCGUAUUAGCGGACGAGGAAGGAUAGGAGCGGAUGGUUUGGCAUUUUGGUACACGACCGCCAAAGGCGAGUACAAUGGCACUGUUUUUGGCAGUUCAGACCUAUGGACAGGCCUGGGAGUUUUCUUCGAUUCGUUCGAUAAUGACAAUAAACACAACAAUCCAUAUAUUAUGGCAGUUGUCAAUGACGGCACAAAGAUUUUUGAUCACGCAAAUGAUGGCUCUACACAACAAUUGGCGGGAGGAGGAUGUUUGCGAGAUUUCCGCAACAAACCUUUUGCAACGCGAGCGAGAAUAGAGUAUUAUAAGAAUACAUUAACAUUGUUGUUCCACAAUGGCAUGACAAACAACGAGCAAGAUUACGAUAUCUGUUUUCGAGUUGAUAAUGUUAUAUUACCGAAAAAUGGAUAUUUUGGAGUUUCCGCUGCUACUGGUGGCUUGGCUGACGAUCAUGACGUAUUACAUUUCCUCACUACUUCUCUGCAUCCCCCUGGUCAGCUAUCGACGGAUGCGCACAAAGUUUCUCAGGAAGAACAAGCGAAACUCCAACAGGAAUACUUAGACUACCAAAAGAAAUUGGACGAACAGAAAGAGGAAUACCGCAAAGAACAUCCAGAUCAGUAUCGUAAAAAUGAAUUCGAGAAUUUCGAUUAUUUCGAAACCGAAAAUCAGAGAGAAUUACGACAAAUAUUUAACGGACAGAGUCAGAUGUUCGAUGCUUUGCGUGAAAUUCUCAGAAAGUUGGACGAAAUGAUUGGAAAACAAGAGAGAACGUUGAGUUUGGUAGCUCAAGUGGGUCAAGGUGGGCACGUUACGGGUGGCCAUCCGGGUCAGCAACCUGCGUUAACUGAUACCAUACGUCGGCAGGAAGUCGACGCUGUGCUGAAUAAUCAAAAUCUUAUCUUAAAUCUAGCCAGGGAAAUUCGCACUUUUAUGGGAGAGGUUAACACCAAAACGGAUUCUGUUCUCAAUAAUCAAGCGCGCGCCCCAACUGCACAGGUGCAGCCAAUGGGAUACGAUUUUCAAUCGUUUGCAGCAGAAGUGCGAGACGGAUUGAAUACGUUGAAGAAAGAUGCCAAGAUCACUAGCAGCUCAGAUACUCAGUGCUCUAGUUGUUUAACAACACCAAUAUUCUUGAUGUUCAUUGCUAUACAGAUGAUCAUAUUAUUUGUGUACAGCAUUUACAGAGACAAUAAGGAAGCACAGAUGAAGAAAUUGUAUUGAUGUUAUACAUUGCAUGUUUUCGCGCAAUGAACAUAAGAUUCUCUCUUUUGUGACUCGAUUUUUUAUUACUCGUUAAUCAUAUCCGUGAGGUACAUAUAUGUGUUUCUCACAAGAAAAUUUGCAUAAUAAAUGCAUCCUCCAUCCAUCUGUCAGAUUCAUCUGAGAGACUAUGUACCAUUAUUCAUCGAAUAAUACGUCAACAUCGCGCGAUCCAAAGCCAUCAGAAAAAAAAAACUCGCUAUUUUUAUCUCCACUUUACUCAGAUAAUAAUUUGCCUUCCGGCAAUAUAAGCACUCAUAUGAUUUAGACUCGUAAGACGGAUAAUCGCAGUGCCGAAGGAUACUUAUAAUAGGUGAUAAUUCGGGGAAUUAAUUUAAAUAUAAGUUUUUCUCUUGUUAUGUUAUUAUACAGGAUCCAGUUUGAAUAAAUAUGCACAAGCAGACACGACGUGGUUUCUCGUGAAAAAAUUAAAAGAAAACCAAAUGUAAGAUCUUUUCACUUCCGGCUUUUGAGAAAAUCGAGUUUGAAAAUAUAUCCGCUGCGUACGUACGUUGUUACGACUGAGAUACGGUUAGUCGAGCAACGUAUCGUGUUUGCAAACAAACUCGAUUUUUUCGAAAACUAAUCUAAAAAUGAAAAGACUUUAUUCUAUAGUUUUUCUUACUUUUUCAUCAGAAAUCACAUCCUGCUUGUGUGUAUUAUUCGGCCGAAUCCUGUAUAAUUUUUAUAAGUUUUUUUUACUGUCGCGAUUGACGCGGGCGUUGUGUUUGUUGUUACGCACAUAUCGUUUUCGCAAAUUUCAUUAAUGGCUCUACUGCUGAUAUCUCGAUGUCAUAUCUUGUUUUUGUGUAAAUCUUUGUAUAUUGUGUAAUUUAUAUCGCGCUCACACAUUUAGUGCUGGAAUAUAUCGAUGAGAAUAAUGAUUAAU